AUGAAAGUUAUUGUAGCUGGCUUCACAAAGACGGGAACAAAUACAAUGAGUGCCUGUUUGGCAGCAUUAGGAUACAAAGUUUAUGGAUAUGAACAGAACUUUUUCUAUCUUCGAAACGAGUGGACCAAAAUUCUCACAAAAGGAGGAUCCAAGGAAGAUUUUUAUAAUAUGUAUAAAGAUAUAGACGCGGGUUGUGAUAUUCCCUUUUGCAUAUUUUGGGAGGAAAUAUUGGAAGCAUUUCCGGAUGCAAAGAUCAUAUUUAUGAAAAGAAAAAGUGAAGAUGAUUGGUUGCGUAGUUGGAUGCGGCAAGCCGAUAACGUCGAAAAACAUCCUUACCUAUCCACCCUGGCUUUCUUGUCACCAACUGCUUUUUCCAUGUUCAAAUAUAGCAGACAUGUGGGCCGUGUAGCAUUCUGUUCCACACCUCAAGCUUUCUUCGCAUGUUACAGAGGAAUUAGUAGUACGGUCGCAAAAAAGAGAUAUCGAGACCACAACAAUUCAAUAUUAACGAGGGCACCAAAAGACCAACUUUUGCUUUUCUCUCUAUCCGAUGGAUGGGGACCUAUGUGUGAUUUUCUUGAAAAGCCAAUUCCAAACUUCCCAUUUCCCCACAGAAAUCAACGAGCCACAAUAGUCGAAGAUUACAUGAGACACAGUCCGAUUUUCCAUCGAAUGAAACAAGAAGCAAAAAUCACAUUGACAGGAUUUGGCAUUUUGGCAACUAUCGGACUGUUGUAUUUGGCGAGACGCAUCGUUCCCGUGACCAUCCCGAUGCCUAAAAGCAUAACUAUAAACUGGUAAUAUAUUUUGAUGAUUGUCAAUAUUGUGGUAAUAAGGGUUGAUGGACUUUACCACCACCAACAUUUUUUUAAUUAUAUUGUGUGUGUAUUUUAUUAUCAAACUUUUUGAUUCUAUCAUUUGAGGUCAUACAUUAAAUUUAUCUUCGAAAAUAUCACUCUAGCUGUUUCAAGUACUGCUGCUUAAUUGUAGAAGUUGAUUGGGAUAGUAGUGCACGAAGGAUGCAAAAUUAUUUUUUAUGUAUAUUGUGAGUUUGACUGGACAUCUCCUCCAUUCGCGGACUUAACCGAUUUAGGUUUUACUGGUUACAAAACAAAUUUUUCUAUUCAAAUUUUAUUGUAAAUUGUAUUUAAAGGCAUAUAAGUUUCUUCACUCUUCCAUGAAUUCAUAGGUUUUCACAUGUGAAAAUUUUGAUGUACGACCAGUUUUUUAUUUCAUUCCCACAGUUUUUAUAACAGAGUGUAACUCUUGAGUUACUCAACAUUUACACUUUGGUUUACUCCGUGGUUCGU